AUGAAAGUGAGGCUUCCAGUACACCUGAUAGACAGGCGACUACUCACGGAGCGGAGAGACAGCCUUGGUGAUUUCGAACUGAUCAUCGAGGACGGGCCGGCUGGACAGGAUGGAAGGCAGGUCAAAGUCGGGGACCAGUGGCUGGUGAAGCCCUGGGUGAAGGCCAAAGCAAAGGCGAGACCUGUGAAGAAGCAGCUCGCCGCGAAGGCCAAAGCCAAUAAGAAGGAGCUGGCCACGGGCUGGCGCCGUCGGAAGCGAGUCGAGGCCAGCACCCACAAGCACCUAGAGGGCAGCAAGAACGCGGAGCCGGUGCCGAGUGGUCAGCGUGUGCCACCUUGGGAGUGCACGCCAUGCUCGGACUCGCUCAAGCGGAAGGUGAUGAACUUCGGUUUCCGCUCGAGCUGCCCUUUCUGCAAGAGGUCAGCUCCGCCGGAAACCCUCCUGAAGCAGGAGGCCCAGCGCGCAGCCGCCCAAGUGGAGAAGCGCAAGGUCAUCAGCCAGAACAGGGAGGAGUUCAUCAAGAUGCGGGACACUCGCAGGCAGCAGGCAUCGGCAGCUUCCAGUUCUUCAACCUCUCCAGCGACGACGGUGACGAGACGCAACCAGUGGACGAGCUCGUUGACCAGGCUGAAGAAGGCGAACAAAGACAAGAUCAAGGAGACCCAGAAGCAGAAGGAGGCCAAUCCUGCGCGAGAGGGGCCAUUGGAAUCGACCGCUCAGGCUGGUUCCAGCCUCCAGGCCCUGAUCGACAAGGCCACUGCAAAGAAGGACCAACUGACCGAGCUGAUCCAGUACCUCGGCCCGCUCAUGAAGGCUCCCCGCUCGGCCGAGUCCAUGGGCAGGCUGCAGACGCUGCACAGCCAGGCCAGCGAGGAUGUAAACAAGACGGAGAAGGAGCUGGAGCAGCUGCGGGGGCUGCAGAGGCGGACCAUCCACUUGCCACAGCCCAGUCGCAUCGGCGGCGAGGCUGCUGGCGAAGUACUGCCACAGCCCAGUCGCAUUGGCGGCAAGGCUGCAGGUGAGCUGAAGGAAGACGACGAUUUUGAGUUCGCGGAGAUCCCGCCCUUCCCGCUGCUGGGCAGCGCCGUCAGCCCCAAUACGGACGACGAGGGCGCCGCGGAGAUGGCGUCGCCCGCGGUCGACGCGAGUGGCUGUCCCGCUACUCAGGCGGACUUUGAUGCCAUGGCAAGCAUCUGCAUCGAGGCGAUUGGCAAGGACAGGUCCGAAGCCACGAGGCGCAUCAAGGGCUUCAGUGAGCGUUUCGGCAUGGAGGCGGAAUGGCAGUCCACCUUUGGCCGCAUGCUCGAGAAGCCCCCCUGA